AUGGUCACCAGGAAACCUGUUGCACCUCCCGUCGACACUGCCAAAGCAGCAAGCAAUGCACACCCGCCAUACCCACAAACACCUACCGCGCAGUCGGCCAAGACAGAUCCAAGCAGCAUCUAUUCCCAGGAUCUGAGCACAUCCCCGGCGUUUGACCUUAUUGACAUGGACGAAGCGCGGCAACGACCACGAAGAGACUCCGAUGUUAGUUCGCAUGGGACGUGGGAUUCCGAAAACAGCGAUCGCGAAGAUGCGACACCGGGCGAUUUUGUGGAGGUGCCGCAACCGCUGAAGAUCAGAGGCAGUCAGCAGAACAUUCAGCAGCAGCAGGCGACAAAGAAAGAGAAACAGGAUGAGCUGCCUGCGAUAUUGAGGCCAGGGCCUGCGAAUGGGUCGGCAGCGGUGGGCACAAAAGCCCAGGAACAGCGGACAUACGAAGAGGAGGUCAAGAGUAAUCCUUGGCAGUUGGAGUCGAACAACCCGUACCUUCAGAAACAGCAGACUGGACCUAUAGAGAGCAGUCAGAAAGUGUGGGAGCAACCUGCGCAUCAGCCUACACCACCACCGCAGCCGGCGCAAGCCCCGCCCAUACCUCCUAUAGCCCCGCCUCCAGUGCCACCCGUGGAGCUGCCUACUGUAACAACACCCGCCGAUGAACUGUCGCGACUCUCGCUGAGCGAUCGACAAUCGCAAGGCACCGCCGCGACAUGGGAAACCGCAGAGAAGUUCGAGGUGCCGCAGCAUGGACAGUCCCCAUUCCCACAUCCUCCCAAGGCGACUUUCGCCGGCUCUUUGGCUGGUUCACCUUCAGCAGCGUUCCCACAAUCGAACCCGUGGUCCGGUGACAAUGAGCCCGUUUCACCGCCCACAGCGCCGCCCAAAGACCCUUUGACACCAGCUCAAGCACCUCAACCCGAAUUCGCACCUCCUCCUGGGCCACCACCUGUCAAGCCCGCGGAGCCUGUCUACACUCCACCAUCAGGCCCUCCUCCAUCGCAAGCGGGACCCCUGAUAGACCAUGCUGAGCAAGCAAAGCCAAUACCACCGCCUAUAUCUACUCAGGCGCAGUCAUCCGCGAUGCGAUCGAAUGAUUCUGUGCCGGAGACGCCAGGCACAAAAGCGAGGCGGCAGAGGAACGAGACAUAUCAGAUCAAGCAUAUCAAUUGGGAAGAUGCGUCGUCUGGCAGAGCGGAGAUGCGACGAUCGCCUAUCCUUACCCAGAACGAGAAUGGCCCAUGUCCGCUGCUUGCAUUGGUUAAUGCGCUGGUGCUCAGCACGCCGGCGAGUCUGGACACUGCGCUGAUCGAGACCUUACGGACCAGAGAGCAGGUCAGCUUGGGUCUACUGCUAGAUGCUGUCAUUGAUGAGCUCAUGUCAGGGAGAAGAGGCGAUGCUGCAGAAGGGCUGCCGGAUGUCGUCGAUCUCUAUUCAUUCUUACUGGCUCUUCACACUGGCAUGAAUGUCAAUCCACGAUUCGUUACACCCGCGACGCCACAGAGGGGCUCUUAUGAUGGUCAUCCGUCUAGCAUGAGCGGCGUGCAUCCUGUCCACCGCGCGCAACAUAAGCCUGGCUGUUUCGAGGAGACGAGAGAGAUGCGUCUGUACAGCACCUUCAGCAUACCCCUCAUCCACGGUUGGACGGCACCAAAGGACACACCAGCGUACUCGGCAUUCGAGCGAAGCGCGAAGACUUUCGAGGAUGCUCAGAACAUCCAAUUCGCAGAAGCUGAAUUGGAAGACAAGCUGAGAUCUGAGGGCUUGAGCUUUCAAGAGCAGCAGACACUGGAAGACAUCCAGAUGAUCAAGCAGUUCCUGCAAAACUGGCCUACACAACUCACAGACCACGGACUGGAGACGAUAUCGAGCAGCUUACAACCUGGUCAGGUCGCCAUACUGUUCCGCAAUGAUCACUUCAGCACACUAUACAAAGAGCCAAAGCAUGGUGCACUAAUGACUUUGGUGACGGACGCCGGCUACAGCUCGCAUGAUGAGAUUGUGUGGGAGAGUUUGGUCGACGUCAACGGCGCUGCCAGCGAGAUGUUUAGUGGUGACUUUCGCACUGUCAGUCAUGGCCAAGAUGCGAGGUUGAAUCAGAGCAGUUCUGCUGGUGGCAGCGAAGGGUGGCAGACUGUUGGCGACAGCAGGAGUCGAUACCACGACCAACGACCAUCUGGCUCAUCCAACACAGUCGUCCAUAAUGCCGCUGCAUCAGAAGACACACCGCCUCCACUUCCUGGUCCACGUCCUGUUUCGCAGCGAACUUCCGACAAUAUUGACGGUGCAUCCGGUUCCCAACCACCAGUACUGUCAGCAAGUGAGCAGGAAGAUCACGACCUUGCACUUGCGUUACAGCUGCAAGAAGAGGAAGAAGAUCAGCGACGACAAGCUGAAGAGCGCCGCAGGCGAGAACAGCAGCUUAGUGAACAGUUUCUUUCCAGCGAAGAACGACCACCACAGAUACCGCCGCGACGGAACCAAGGUGGCCGUGGAGGAAGCACAAUCAACAUUCCCGUCACUGGCCGUCGGACUACAGGGCCAUCAGCACGACCUGCUGUCAAUCGUCCGGCCGACGAAGGAAACCCUGAUGCUCCGCCGACAUAUGAACAGUCCGCAUCCGAUCGACCUUAUCGACCUGCCGGCGCGACCGCACCGCCGACACAAGGCAAUCCGCUUAACGCGUUGGAUGCGCUUAGAAGGCAGCAGAACGGGUUCGCGCAGCAAAGUACGACCAGUGUCAACAGCGCCGGGAUGCAUUCACAACAUGGACGACGACCUAGCUCGAGCAGAAUCCAGCGGAGGUCGAGUCAGAUGGCUGGCGGUCCUGGGCAAGGUGCUCCUGCUCCAGCAUAUCCUGGACGACCGCAGGUGCAAGGUGCGGCCAAUUUGAAGGACACGCAGGACGAGAGGUGUGUAGUGAUGUGA